AUGCGAAAGUUGGGAAUUGUUUCAAUACCUUUAGAGGAAUCUAUGAACAUAGAAAUAGCGAAUCAAGAAGUGAUCACUGUGGAUCAAGUGUGCCCUAAUUGUGAAGUAAUGAUUCAGAAACAACUUUUCACGGUAGAUUUGAUUCCUUUUAAAUUAGGGGAGUUUGAGGUGAUACUCGGAAUGGAUUGGUUAACGCGUUAUGAUGCUCAAAUUAACUGUAGACGAAAGCGUGUAAGUUUAAGGGGUGAUAAUGGGAAGAGAGUAAUUCUGAGGGGGCAAAAACAUCAUAAGAAGUUUCUAACUAUGAUCCAAGCCAAGAAACUGCUUCGUCAGGAGUUGCCAGGAUUACCCCCAGAUAGAGAGAUUGAGUUCACUAUAGACCUUGUGCCAGGUACUGCACCCAUAUCUAAAGCUCCUUAUAGAAUGGCACCAACUGAAAUGAAAGAACUAGCCACACAAUUACAAGAAUUACUCGAGAAAGAGUCAUUAGACCAAGCGUGUCCCGUGGGGAGCCCCAGUGUUAUUCGUUAA